UUUCAGUACCAAAAGCGGUAACCCCAAACUACACUCGGGCUUACCAUGCGGCGUUGCUCAGGGAUCCCCUGCAGCGCUUACCUUGUCCUUCGCUCCCGCGAUGUGUCCCCUGCAGCAUCCCCGGCCAUUUCCUCCGGCCGAUGCCGUCAUCUGGCUUCCGUGUUGCGGUCCCUGUGAGCGUCGGGACGUACGGGGGCCGGAACGGCGGCAAAUUUAAAAAUUUUUAGAAACUGUCAUUUUCUUAGAAAUUAAUUUUGUCCCGAGUGCUUUGUCCUGUGCCCUGCCUGCAUUUUGACUGUUCUUUCUG